AAGAGACACACACAAGGGGGAGGAGCCUUGUCUCAUCCCCCUUGAACAAACAACCUACUGGGACGAGCCAGUUUCUCCGUCGACAACCACAUAAAUUCACGCCUAAAUUAUUAUUUUAACACAAUAUUUGGAAUCGAUUCUUUGGGUGUAAAAAAGCAAGAGAUGAGUCAGGCAGAGCAGGUGCUUGAGGGCACACCUGCUGACUUUACUGACGAGCCAAUAGAUUCAGACACCCUCAAAGAGCAUCCACCAACUCAGACGGGCAUGUUGGGCAGGUUGGCGGGGGGCUUGUACGGCGCCACCAAGGGGGCUUUAGGAGCUACUGUGGGCGGGGUGACCUGGAUAGGAGGAAAGGGCCUCGACCUCACCAAGACGGCCGUCACCUCCGUGGCCGCCGUGCCCGCGGCCGGAGUGAGCCUCGUCAAGGGAGGGGUGUGCGCUGUCGCCGGAGGCGUUACAGCUGUCGGUUCCGCCGUGGUGAGCAAAGUUCCUAUUGGAGGAGGCAAAAAGAAGGACAAAUCUGACUGAUGGCAAGAGGAGAGCAAAGGCACACCGCCGGGGUGUCGGUCACACUGAGCGUUUGCUUCUUGCAAUAUUAGAUCAAGCCUGGUUGCAGCAGCAGAUGACGAGCAACACGGGACUCAAACAAUCAAUGUGAAUGUGUUGUUCUUUGCUUCUGUCUUCACUUUCGCCAAUAUAAUGGUGUGUUUGUAAGCUCCAAGUAAGAGACUGUACUUAUUUGUUGUGCAAGGAGCACUUUUCUUUUCACAUGUGGGUGUAGUGGUCCAAAUAAAAUGUCCAUGUCUCAUUUUGAUCACAAGCCUCAGGGCUGUUUUCACUGCGGACUGCAGAAGGCAAACCCUAAAUGCACUAGAAUAUCACCAGCGAGACAAUCAGUCAUGAAUGGUUAUAAAUAAUUGAGCGUCGUGUUUUUUGUUCAUUGUUUUUCCUUACAUUAGUCACUAUAAUGUGUGUUUAUUCCCACAGCCCCAAGUUGCACAAAUAUACACGAAUGAAAAAUGCACUACAUAAUUUACGUCCAUCCAUACAUUUUCUGUAUACCGCAAUUUCUCGUGUAUAAUGCGCAACCCUCCUCCAAAUUGUCUAAAGUCAAUAGUGCACAUUAUACAUAGGUAUAGGGGGAAAUAGAAAAAACUUCAACAUUUUAUAAAUGUAUGCUGCCAUCUAAUGGUUAUGAAAAAGCUGUACACUUUCAUUCCAAAAUGCCACCGUCACCUAGUGGUCCUAUAAAAAAAAAAGUGUAGCCUACACUUUCAUUCCAAUAUGACGGGGGGGAUGUAUGACUGCAUAUAUGUACAGUUGUGCUCAUAAGUUUACAUACCCUGGCAGAAGUUGUAAAUAUUUUUUAUGACUGACUGAACAACAACCAUCAUUAAUUUUGUAUGGUUAUGUUUUGUUUAGUGAUAAUGCUUUUCUAAAAUGCUUGACUGUUUAAUUUGAAUCCCAUUAAAAUAAAAUUAAAUGUGUUUCGCCUUCAUGUUUUCUUUAAAUAAUUGUAACCAUCUUACAAAUUCUCCACGGGUAAUCAAACAUAUGAGCACAACUGUGUGUUUUCUAAUUUACUCAAUGAAAGUAGGGCUGUUAAUUUCAAAAUAAGAGCAAGUAAAUUAAAAAAAAGGAUUACGUGGUCAAAUAAAGUGCUAAACUUCAGAAAAAUACUUUGAAAAAAACUAACAAAAUACAGAUACUUAAUGUUUUGAUCCAAUGGGUAGAAGCAAAAUCAUGCAUUUUAAAAAUGGAUUAUACAUAGAAGGGAUUUCCAGAAUUUUGAGGUUAACUUUGGGGGUGCGUAUUAUACAUGGGUGCGCAUUAUAUACGAGAAAUUACAGUAAAUGAAAUUUUACCUCAACUUUUGAAUGAACGUGUCCAACUGUUCAAUUUUUUUUUAGUUAUUUUUGCACAACUUGCUGUUCUCAAGGACCUGAAUGAGGAAAAAUGCAUGACAGGUAUUUGUGUUGGGAAAAAAAACAUUUACAAGGACAUCCACUUCUAUACUUUUCUGUGACUCUUCCUGUUUCUCUGUAACUCCCUGGUGAUGACACUGUGACACUCGAAGCUCAGUAGCCUCUUCCCUCUGAGAACAUCCUAUUUGAAGCCUUGCAAUGGCGAUGUACUUGUUAGGUGACAUCUUGGACUUCUGUCAUCUUGAUUUCAAAAUGAGAACAGCAAGAUGAAGAAGACUGUUUGAUUUGUUUUCAUAUUCUAAUUGAACCAGGGCAUGUGUUGGACCAAUGAUGGAUCAAAGCUGAGUGUCACAGUGUCAUCAGCGGGUUGCAACAAAGAUACAGAAAAACAGCAAGAGUCACAGAAAGGCAUAGAAGUGGACUGCCUUGGAAAUCUAUUGAUCCAUUCAUGGAGUAAACACCUCCUUGUUAGAGCUCAGCAAGUUGUGCCAAAAGAACUGAAAAAAUUGAACAGUUAGACGUGCAUUGAAAAGUUAAGAGAAGGUCAAAUUAGGUUCACCUGUAAAAGUCAAAAGGUGUUCAUGCAUUUUAGGUUUAUCCAGAAAUUUCACCCGAUAGCCAAAUAUCCCUAACUUUUUGUGAGUGGUUUAAGUUCAUUAAUGCCCAGUAUGCACAAAUAUAUCUGAUGUGAUGCCUUUAAGCUAAAUGCCACAUUGGCUUAAUGGCUGAAUCGCCUCUUGAGUAAGAAACAGCCACUUUUACGAAAACAAAUGCAGUGUAGCUAAAGUGGCGGCAGCAUAAUAGGCACUAUACAAUGAGAUUUCUCAUCAAAUUUAAUUCAUAAUUGACCCCUGAACCAAAUCUCAAACCAAUUCUGAAGUCAAACUUAUCAGCUCCUCCAUUUUUUGCUUUUGGGGUCAUUGUUCAUGUACAUCGUGUUGUAAACAUUUUUGGGCAUUUCGCUUUUCAAAUGUUAAUUGUCAUGUUGGCAACACUCUUCUAACUACCUUUGAAUAAAGACAUGGAAAAAUA